CCGGGGUAAACUGAGACUCGUCUUCCCACUUUGGUCUCGCGAACGUAGACGUGCGCGUGCUCGCGGUGUGCGGAAUGGUGAUGCUGGGGAAGAUGGCGGCGGACUGGGUUUGGAGAAGCCGCCGUUGGCAUUGAAAGAAACUGGGGAAAAGGAGGUAGAGGUGGAGCGUUACGGGAGAACGGACAUACGCUGAGUGUCUGUUGAGAAGAACAGAGACGAAAACGUUGGAGGGUCCAGUCGUCGUUUUAUUCUUGGAUUAAAGGGACAAGUCGCCAUCAAGGAGAGGCGCGCACGCUCCAUGAAAGAAACGAAUACAAACAAACAAAACCGACAGUUCUAUCACUCAAGGACCAGACGAAAAGGAGAAUAAUAACGGAGAAGCCGGGAGGACACCGCCGCCGCUGCUGCAGGAGCCGCCGCCAGUAGUUGGCAGAGGGAAACGAGGGGCGGGAGAAGCAGUGGCUGUUACACAGCGUGACAUGGCCAGUUCGUCAGACAGUGAGGAUGACAGCUUUGUUGCCAUGGACACAGAGGAGGUUGUAGAAGGCUCAAUGGAACAGGAAGAGGAAGUGCAUCAGCAGCUACCACCGUUACAUUCUCAGCCUCAGGAAAUGGACAGCCAGCACCAGCGUAACAUGGGUGAAUUACCAGAGGAGGUUCUUGAAUACAUAUUGUCCUUCCUGUCUCCUUAUCAGGAGCACAAGACUGCAGCACUUGUCUGUAAGCAGUGGUAUCGUCUCAUUAAAGGUGUUGCCCACCAGUGUUACCAUGGAUUCAUUAAAGCUGUACAGGAAGGAAAUAUCCAAUGGGAGAGUCGCACAUACCCCUAUCCAGGAACACCUAUAACUCAACGCUUUUCUCACAGCGCCUGCUAUUAUGAUUCUAAUCAAUCAAUGUAUGUCUUUGGCGGCUGCACGCAAAGUAGCUGUAAUGCAGCUUUUAAUGACCUCUGGAGGCUUGACUUGAACAGUAAGGAAUGGAUCCGUCCACUUGCAUCAGGAUCUUAUCCUUCACCAAAGGCAGGUGCUACACUAGUUGUGUAUAGAGAUUUACUUGUUCUUUUUGGUGGGUGGACACGGCCAAGCCCUUACCCAUUACAUCAACCAGAACGCUUCUUUGAUGAAAUCCACACAUAUUCUCCAUCCAAAAAUUGGUGGAACUGUAUUGUAACAACACAUGGACCCCCACCCAUGGCUGGGCAUUCGUCUUCUGUCAUUGGAGACAAGAUGGUUGUCUUUGGAGGAUCUUUGGGUUCAAGACAGAUGAGUAAUGAGGUGUGGGUUUUGGAUCUGGAACAGUGGUCCUGGUCAAAACCAAAUAUUACUGGCCCGGUCCCACAUCCACGAGGUGGACAGUCACAGAUUGUAAUUGAUGACAACACCCUACUGAUUUUGGGAGGCUGUGGAGGUCCAAAUGCACUGCUGAAAGAUGCGUGGCUCCUUCACAUGUCCUCUGGCCCAUGGAUGUGGCAGCAGCUAAAGGUAGAGAAUGAAGAGCAUGGUGCUCCUGAGCUGUGGUGCCACCCAGCAUGUAGGGUGGGUCAAUGUGUGGUGGUUUUCAGCCAAGCACCUAGUGGUCGUGCUCCUUUGAGUCCCAGCCUCAAUUCUCGACCUUCACCCAUCAGCGCUACCCCUCCUGCCUUGGUGCCUGAGCCACGGGAGUACCGCUCACAGUCACCUGUUAGAGCUGGGGAAGAAGCACCGUGUGUGAAUGGACGUUGGGGGACACUCAGACCACGAGCUCAGAGACAUAGUGGCGCUAGGGAGGGAAGCUUGUCUCCUUCUCGCAGCAGCACUCCAAGUGGGGGGAACAGCCCUCCUGCACAGAAUGGUAGUAGCCCUGCUGGAGGGAGCCCAGGACAGGCUGGAUCCCCUGGAACCCCAUCUGGAACUGAAAGCUAUGAUUUUCGGAUUAGACAGGCUGCUGAAUUACGUGAUCUCAGGCCUGCAGACUACAGCUGGGACCCCAAAGCAAGCAAUCCAGUCUCUCCAGAAGCCAAAAUUACCAGUUUGAGGGAUUCAACCCAGGAGCAGUCAAAUGGCAUUCACACUCCGCCGAACUUGGACAAAACACCCCCAGGAGCAGUGUCUCCUGGUGCACUGAGGCGUGGGCUGGAAGCUGUCAAUGCUUUGUCCAGUAAUACUGGGAUUAUAGCUGUUGCUGCUGGUGGGCCUUCAGCUUCCAACCCUGUACAGGCAGUUCCAUCUGCCCAGGCAGUUCCAUCUGCCCAGCCAACAAAUACCUCUCCUGGGCCAGGCCAAGUCGACGGACAUCCGAUCCCUCCUAUUGCUCGUAGGCUUGGGCAUCAUCCUCCACAGUCGCUCAAUGUCGGAAAGCCACUUUAUCAAAGUAUGAACUGCAAACCCAUGCAGAUGUAUGUCUUAGAUGUUUCAGGGGUAAUAGAGCACGGGCAAGUAACCUGGAAGGUUUUUGGUGGUUCUUCCGUGGUGGGUCCUCCAGAAACUAGCCUACAUACGGUGGUUCAAGGCAGGGGUGAGUUGAUUAUCUUUGGAGGGCUCAUGGACAAAAAGCAAAAUGUGAAAUACUACCCUAAGACUAAUGCCUUGUAUUUUGUCCGCGCCAAGAGAUAAUGUCAGAACCAAAUUGGCAAAAUGAACUCCUAGUUCAGCUACGGAAGCAGUGCUCCUCCCUUUUUUUUAGCCAGCUCCUUUUCCUCCUCUUCUUCAGGAGGUGAAGCAGACUCCGAUUUAUUGGCUUGAAGGUGCAGAAUUGUGCAACUGUGAGAAAGGAAGACUUAAGAUAUAAGAAGAAAUACUUGCUGUGGAUUGUUUACAAAACUUUUUUUUUUAAGUGGGGAAAAAGGGGGUGGGGGGGUCGACUUUAAGAUAAAAUGAUGCACUUGCAUCAAAGUGAUGAUUGAGUUUCUUUGCCCUGGAUUAUAUUCUGUGAAAGUCCUGAUGUUGGUCUGUGUGUGUGUGUGUCUCCGCCAGUAGAUUGACCAGUUUUGUGUUAGGGGGCUUGGACAGCUCAGCAGUAUGGUCGCCCACAUCGGCUGUCAGAGUCUGCCUCCUUUGCUGGUCCAGUGUACAAUAAGAGUAUGGUGCUGGAUAGCAGAUUGGAAACAUUUAAGUAUGAAAUCCAGUAUACAGGAGAAGCCCAUACAGUUUCUGUAGGGAAUUUGGCAAACCUGAAAUGCCACACAGAACGCAGCUAUAGAAAAUAUGAUCUGCAGAGUCUGGGUCUGAAAAGUUUUUGCUGUCCACUGGUAAUUCUUGUAUUCGGUAUCGUCCUUUUGGUCAGUUCAGCUUUUUAAAUAUUGUAUUGGAGAGGAAAACAGAUAGAAAAGAUCAAUACAGUAUUGCUUAUGGCUUUAAUGUUUUUGGCCAAAAACACGUAUAUCACUUCUGCCCCUCUGCCCAAUGGCAGCUUUGUGUUCCGUGCUUGUGGGUUGUUUGCCUCUGCUUGGUUAUGUGGUGCCCACAGACUAGAUUCAUAUGUGCCAAGGAUGAAACUAAAAAGGUGAUCGUCAGGGGUUUUACCAUUGAGACAUCUCGCCGACAGUUUGCCUCCUGUUACAACUGUUUUGGCAUCGUAAACCAGUGUGCGUGCUAAUGAAACACGACAGAAGGACUGGGUACCAAGUCGUCAUCAGCUACAGUGUUUGCUAGUUUCCAAUCAGAUCAAGUUCUCCAUCAAAACUAAAUCUGGUUCUUAAGAUUUCAUGGUUUCCUUAUUUGUGCAUCCUUCCUUUAGAGUACCAUCUUAUCUUUUCUAAGAGAAUACACAAAUAUGUUUGUUUAGAUCAUUGAACAUAAUUUGGUCUCUGCAUAUUUAUUAAAAUCACGCUUACAAAGUAUUACACACAGAGCAGAUUUAAGCAAUACUGUGCUCGCACACUUCAGUUUCAAUGUUUUGUAUUUGUCAAUUUAUAAAUUGCCUCGAUCUGUUUACUCUGUAAACAGGCAGAUAAAGUAGCAUUGUGCAAUACUCGUUAAAAACCAUACAUAUAUAGCCAAACUUUUUUUUAUAUGUAAAAUUAAAGGUAUACAAUUGUAGAUUUGUGAAUCUAAAGGUUGGGUGCAGAAAAUGAAUCCAGAAUUAAAUCCACAUUAUUUGAACUGAAAUCUGCCAGCUAGAGCUAUUCCAUAGUCGGCCCCCCAUAUCUGGUGGGCUCAUAUUGUUGACUGUUCUGUUAAUGUCAUUUUACUUUGAUUAAGGGUACACUUACCCAGCACCCUCCCACUUGGCCUUUCAGAAAUAAGUAUUUUUGCUCUUCUCCUUUUUGUCUGGUAUUGAGUGUUUACCACACCUUGUCUACAUUUCACCAGGUCGCUCCCCCUGGUCCCUUUGUAUUUUAUUGCUAAGCAAUAUAUGACAUUGUGUUUUUUGUUGCAGUUGAAUUACGUUUAUGUGGAAUUGUCCUCUUUAUCCACAUCUGGCCUUUUGUGAUGCUGGUGAAUUCUACAUUUAGUAGAGAUUUUAAUUUGAGUGAAUGGCGUAUGUGUGCAUUAUGUGUGCAUUGGGGCAACAGGAGUUCAUAUCAAAGCAUUGGGGAAAUGCAGAAUACAAAGGGGUGUGCAGUCUGGAGUUGAAAGUGAGAACCAAAAUGCUGCUUGCUUUGUUACUUCCUUGUAAAUUUUGAAGAUUUCAAAGAUUUGUGUUAAAUAGUUUCUCCCAUAAAGCCCAAACUCCCUUUGAUUAAGAAAAAGUCUGGGUGCCUUUUUUGUGUAAGGUGAGCAAGGAACACACACCUCUGGAUAUUGUGGUUAAUGUCCCUCCAUCCUUUUUCCAAUUCUAAUCCACUUUUUACAUUGUGCAUAGCACGAACUAGUGUUGAAAUAUUGUAUUGGUAACAGUAAAAUAUUAUGCUUCCAUUAAAGUAAAAAACAAAAACCUGUUUAUGGCUCAUAAUUAUGCAAAGUCUUAGACAUUUUUUAAAUUGUUAAUAAACAAAGAAAUUGAACGCUU